UGUAUAAAUUACAGGCACACAGGCCUUUUUUUCCUGAAUGAAAUAGCUGAGCAGAGCAGAGCAGAGGAUUUAGGGCAGGAGGCCUCCAGUGCUUUUCCUCCGUUCGUUUUCUACAUUCCCGCCUCAAGAAGAAGGAAAAAAACAGGAAGAAGAUGAAGUACGUCAUAGGAAUUGGAGGGGUGACCAAUGGUGGCAAAACCACUUUGACCAAAAGACUUACCCAAGCGCUCCCAAACUGUUGCGUUGUCCAUCAAGAUGACUUCUUCAAGCCACAAGAUCAAAUACAAGUCGGGGAAGACGGAUUUAAACAAUGGGAUGUGUUGGCUUCCUUGGAUAUGGAUGCGAUGGUGAGCACUGUUCAUGCGUGGAUUGAGAAUCCCAUGAAGUUUGCCCGAUCCCAUGGAGUGAGUGUUUCCUGUCAAUCAAAGCAGCCCAGUUCUGAUGAUACCCAUAUACUGAUUGUUGAAGGUUUCCUUCUUUACAACUACAGACCACUGAUUGACUUGUUCGACAAACGCUAUUAUCUAGCAGUCCCAUACAGUGAAUGCAAGUGGAGGAGGAGUACACGUAAAUACACAGUACCGGACCCCCCUGGUCUCUUCGAUGGCCACGUAUGGCCCAUGUAUCUUAAGCACAGGAAGGAAAUGGAGGCUAACGAAGUGGAUGUUGUUUAUCUGGAUGGGCUGAAGUCCAGAGACGAUCUUUACAUGGAAGUCUUUAAAGAAAUACAGAACAAGCUUUUGAAUCACUCAUAGGAUCUGUGGGAAGUUAAAAGAUCUAUGUACAAAUCUGAUGUAAAUACUAUUUUGGAUAUUUACUGAAACAUGUUAAGUGAACAUGCCUUCCUUGGCACUGCCCAUUGGAAAAUAACUUUAUGUAUAUAAUUGAAAAAAUAAGGUAGUUUAUUUACAACUCAACCACGGGCAGUUGUUGUUUUUUAUGUACUUAUUUUAUAUUCCAUUGGCUUAAACGUGUGUGUUUUAAAAACGCAUUUUUAUAAUGGAACACUUCAGUGAAGUCUGUAAAAUACCACUGGUUUUACGUACGUAGCUUUGUGUCAGUAAUAAGCUUCUGUUUAACUGCUUGUGCAAGAACACACGGCAUACUCAAUAAAGAAACAUUUGGACAUUU